GGGCCAGUCUACUUACGACAAGAGCCGUAAGCGGACGCCCUGUCGGUUCUCCGUGCGUUCUGAUCCGUCUUCAAUUUCGUGGAUUCUUUGCGGAAAAGGAUUAACGUCUUGGAACUUUCGUGCUGAUAUUUGACAUUUGGCCCGCCCAGGACUGCUGUGAAGUGACUAGAGAGUGAUUGUGAGAAAUUGGUGACAGUGAAGCAAGGCUGGUCGCGCUACGUCGCCGAGCCUGAGUUGGCGUCCUCCCUCCGAUUCUCGCGAGAAAACGUUUGACAUCUUACGACGUCCUUCAAGACAUAUAAAUACUGUACCUGCCUACUUGGAACUGGGCUGGGUGUGAACUCAGAUACGCUGUGUGAAGUUUUAUGUAAUCGUUUUCUUCUAAUAUUGAAGAAACCUAAGUGGAAUUUGUGUGUGGAACAUCAGACAACAUUUUGGCUUUGCAGUGGAUUUGUGUUUAGUAAAUAAAGUGAAGUGUGCGGAGCAAUUAAUGCCCGAUUGUUAUGCUCUUUAAACAAGUGAUUAGUGUUAUUACUCGUACAUUAUUGGAUUGUUAUCUGUUUGCUUGGACUUCUAGCAGCUCAAUGGCCGCUAUCGCAUGGGAAGCAAAUACAUAGUCAUGAACGCGAUAAAGGAGCACUCGCAUCAAGCAGGGUAGCUGUUCACAAAGGUGGUGAUCCAGCCGGAGGAUGGACAUCAAUAAUGUACUGGAAGGGACUCGCCAGUACUUCAUGGGUCUCCCCAAGCAAGCGCAGGCGGAAGGCAGCGGACAGCCAGUGUGGCCCGCGGGCGCGCCGCCUCAUGAAGAGGGCGCUCCAGGCCAGUCCGGCGCCCCCACGCCUACGUCGCGCCCGCCGUCCGCCGCGGCCGCCCCGCCUUCGACACCUGCGCCUGCCGCCACCGCCGCACCUCCGCGGCCGCCUUCCGAGCCCCUGGAGCCGGAGCCCCACAUAAUACAUAAGGCUACAGUGAUGCGCGAGGCGGCCGAGAAGCGGCGCGAGCUGCCCGAGCCCGAGGACGAGGAGGAGCCGAUGGACGCUCUGUCACCUCCGACACACAUUAUUCGCAAGCCGCCGCAGCGCACCCUGCCGUCCCCCGCGCCCGCACCGGCGGCGCCGUGUCCGUCCCCCGCGCGGCCCCCGUCGGCCGCCCCGCUGCAGCCGCAGCCGACGCCCGAGCCGCAUACCGAGCCCGGCACGGCACAGUACCGCGCACCAUUGCAUCGCGUGCAGACACCUACGGCACGACCCGUCGAGCAUUUAGCUUCUGGCCGCCCUCCGGAUCAUUAUACCGCAUCACGUCCACCUGAAGGUUACCCGCGGUACCACUAUGAUUCAAAUAUGACAGACCCUAGUAGAGGUUCCCACGGGCCAUUGGUAGCGUCGCCUCAACCGUCUGCGCCGCCGCGACAUAGCAGUCCUCAGCAAACCUAUGCGCGGCUGUCCAGUGCGGUGCCGCAGCAUGCGACUUCGCGGCUACGGGAAACGGCCACGCAAAGUCCUCCGGCAGCACGUUACGCGCUGCCAGCCGUGCAGCCUCCCGCACCGCAUCCGCACAACGACCGCGUGCCGCCCAUACACCACCCGCAAACAUUUACAACGGGUGAUAGACGGUCGCCACAAAUUUAUGCAACGCUGCCGCGUCAUGAAUCUUCGCAUUUUGCUCGGACGCCAACGCAUUAUGAGCGGCAGCAUGCUAUUCCUCCAAGAAAAUACGAUCCCCAACAAUCAUAUCCUGGGUAUCGACAAACACAAACCGCAGCACAAACUGUGCCGAGUCAACGAACAGAAGUGUUUAAAGAGCAUUAUCAAGUCCAAUAUAAGCAUCCCUCAAUAGAUGCUAUGAGUGCGCACUACGCCGCGAGGCCACCAGAUCGCGCACCUGCACCGCACCCUCAUGACUCAGCGCGUUUACCGACGCAACGGCCUGUAGAUUAUCCCAGCAGCAACCGAACGGUAGACGCAAGGAGUAGUUACCUGUACCAGAGUCCAUCGACUUCUUCCGUGCGCUAUCAACCGACGGUGCCGGUGCCUGUAGCUAAAAAUCACCAGCAGGCAAGGACUGGUCACCGACAUUCAGCGGCACCUAAACCUUCGUAUGAAUAUCCCACGUCGAAUCAUGUACAAUCUAGUGCUCGACCAGCAACAAAGCCAGGCUUCCCGAGCCAACAGCAACGUAUGACUGUGUCAGUGACAUCGUUGGUCAAUCAAAUGAAUCAAACAAAACAGAAAAAAGAGUCUCCUUUAGAUUUAUCUGUAAAAACUGUAAAAAAUUCAGCAGAUUCUUCUACAACCGUAGACGAUGCUGUCGACUCAGCGUCGCUUGAAAAUAAGAACUUGCCAUUACAACCGCGGCAAUUGCCUAACAGUCGACACGUUCCUCCUCAACACGUGCCACCAUUUGGUGCGUCUCACAAAGUCGACUUUGCGCCUGACUUUACUCAAUACAGAGAAACUAACAAUAACCAUAGCCCCGCCGUAGCUCCUGGCCAUCCACCGGUACGGUACAAUGGUACACAUGAAACACCUCGGCCCAUCGUAGAAGCCUAUCCACCGGAUCCCCGUCACCAAAGGUAUCAUGAUCGCACUAAAUACAGUAUUCCGAUUGCUACUCGACCUGAAUACGCAAUACCUCGAAUAGAUCUCACCACAACGAUACCUGAAGAACGUCAUCUUGAGAAUAGAAUCCGCGACGACCGGCACUUUGUAAUUGAGGAAAGGAAGCGGCCCGCGGGACCCAUUGUUAGCAACAUUCCGGAGAAAAUUGUCAGGUAUGAGACCUGGACAGCCGACAGUCGGAUAUCGGACCGGUCUAGUCGCUCGGCGCGGGAACAACAUGAGCUAGCUAGCCAACCUGUUUACAGUUACACUGCUCAUAAACGUUACGAGGCUUACCCGGGUGAUCAUAAGCGACCGGUCACAUCAAGUGUCUAUCAUGAACACCGUCAUGUAAACCAUAGGUAUCCCUAUCCAGCCGAGGUUCUCAGCAGAGAUGUAAGAGACUAUCACCCACAGUAUGCUCCAGACAGAAAUCCGUCUAGUAAUAGCCGCCAAAUUAUACAAAAAAUUCCGAACCAUAGAGAUAUGCACGCCCAUCCAUUAGAUCCUCAUAGUGGAGUACCAGCGGACAAAAGAGUUUUAAGCAUACUAAGAAAUAGUUUGGAAACGAAGCAUCCGGAAGUCACUAGACAGAGGCCAAUACCAGAACUCAUAGUCAUAGAUGAUGUAGAUGACUCUGAGGUUGAAAUAACAGAUUUGACAAAGGAAAACGAUAUUGAUUUAGUAGGAAGAAAUGGCAAAUCUAAUACUAAUAAAAUAAAUGCUCCCAUGGGACAUCAAAUACACAUGCCUAAAGCUAUAGACUCAGUGUUAAAAGAAUCAGAUUAUCAAAAAGUGGAUCCAACUAAUUUAGAUCCAAUGAGUAAAUCUCCAGAAAAUGAUGUAGCUUCGAGGAUACGAACGAAGGCAGAAUUAAAAGUUAUGCCUCCAUCUCAAGAUGGUCAUUUGAAACCUGAAACAAAACUUGGUAUACCUAUAGGAAAUCAUGAAAAUCUAAAGCCUACUCCAAAAUCACAAAAACAACAUCUUUUCAAUCAAAUACGAGAAGAUCUUAGGUUGGAAUCUGUUAUUAAGACUGAAAAGCCAAUCACGUCGUUAAUACCAGAUAUAAAAUCUGAGCCUAUGAAUAUAGAGGAGAUAGAAAAGGAUGCAGUGAUAUCAAUUAAAACUGAAAACUUUUUAGACACCGAGUGUAUUUCUGAAAAUAAUACCCCGGAAGACUUAGAUUGGGCAAGCGCUUGUGAUAACUUUAUGGAACAAUUGAAAACAGGAUGUCAUAAAAAGAAGCCGCGUAGGAAACGCACUGAAACGAUGGAACAAGAAACUCCAGCUAGAGAUGAGAAAUCUACAACUACAAUUACAACGUCUGAAAUAACUCCUAGCAAACCUAUUCCCAAUAUUGUAAUUAAACAAGAGCCCAUAGAUGCUGAUGAAGUGGAAAACCAAAUAGUGGCUGAAACUAUAAAUGAUCUAAAACACCCUAUCGACAAUUCCUCUAUACCUAAACCUUUGACCCAAAAUAAACCAGAUUUGAACAAAGUACCAGCUAUUAGAGAACCUAUUGUAAAUAAACCGGAAAUUAAAGAUAAUAUCGGAAUACAAAAACAAACUAAUUUAAAAGAACCAAUGGUCAAUCAAAAUUCAAGAAAAGAUAAUUUAUCAAAAUCAUCGGUUACAAAAGAUAUUGAGAAGAGUGAUAAAUCUAAGAACAACAAAAAACAUAAGGAUGGCGAAAAAUUCACAAGAUCGCCCUUAAAGCGUAAAUCAAUGUCGGAUAAAAGUGAGUCCUCUACAUCUACAAGCAAUACACCUAUGAAGCACAAUUUAAAACAAAAAGAACCACUAAAAACCGUCAUAAAAGAAGAAUCAGAGUCUACUGACGACGACGUACCGUUAAUUAAAAGCAAGAUGAUAAAAGAAAAAGAACGUAAUGAGCGCCUUAAAUAUGCUAUGUUUAAAGAUAUGUCAGUUUAUGUUAAAUUAGAAUGCUGUGAUGUAGAUGUUAGUAAAUUUACAAAAAAGAACAAUGAUACAACCAUAAACGAUAAAGAAGAAAAAUCUACUAAAGGCAAAGUAAUUCGAAAAAAUUCAAGAUUGAAAGGGAAAUCGUUAUCUACAGAUAAAACUAAAAAUGAUAAACGUAAGAAUGAUACAAGCUCUGAAAGUGAAGAUGAAGACCUAACCGUAGCUAGCAGGCUGAGAGUACGUAAAACUAUUAAGACAGAAGAAUCCAAAACAACGUCUGUUAACAAUAAAACUCCCGUAAAAGCGUCUCCCACGAAAAAACAAGAUAAUAAUAUUAGCAGUAGCGCCUGUUCUACUCCAGCUCGAAAAGCAGGUUUUGGAGAUGGUUCCGAUUUCCAUCCAGGAUGGGAAGAAGAGCUGUAUAGAUAUAAGCGAUCACUUCGCAUGCCAAGCAGACUUAUUGCUAUUCCUCGAGGACGCUCCGGUGGACCUUUCGUUAAAGGCGCGAACACGUUAUUUUCAAGGGGCUCUACUUCAUUGCCUGACUUAGAUCCAGCUCCACUUUCCCCAGCGCCGUCUUCGGCCCCCUCUGCAGCAACCGAUGAUUUGUACGCCAGACGUCCUGAUAAGUCAACCCUAGACAGUGAUCUUGAUUCUAAUUCUAGUUGCUCAGUUGUUCAUAACAAUAGACUCCAUUCUGAUUCUGAAGCAUCCACCUCUACAGGGUUCUCGACGAAAAUCAAAAAGAAGGGAAGUUCUAUAGUGGAUGUUCUCAUGGAAAAGUAUGGCAAGAAAGAUGAUAAGAAAAAAUCGAAAGAUAAAGAAGACAAACUUAAUAAUACACCUAAGAUCAUUCCGAAAAGUACCAACCCGACUGAAUUACUACCGACACCUAGCUUAGGUCUCAUGAAAAGCGGUACGAGAGGAAUUUUGAGUGCAAAGAAAGAGAAAUUGAUGGAAGACAUUUAUUAUUUGGGUGCAUUUAGGAAAGAAACUGUGUCACAAUUUAGAAAUGCGUUUAUUAAUAACACAGAUGGUCUUAUGGGGGCUACAGAAGAAUUUGCUCCGGUUGUAUUAAAGUCUAGGACAAGAACAGAAAGUAGAGUUAUUAAGCAACGAGCAACGAUAAAAGAAGUGUUUGGAGAUGAAAGGCCAGCAUCAGCGCCACCGUCCUCGUGUAGAGACGAGGAAGAAGAUGAAGUUAAAACAGACAAACCAGUAGAAAUUAAGAAAGAACCAGAAACUAAAGCAAAAAUCAAGCCUAAGAAAAUCAUGAAGGACAAAAUGAAACGCAGAUCUAGUUCUAUACGAGACGGACUUAGGAGUACUAAGUCACUGAAAAGAAACGAUGCUAAAGGUCGUCUCCUGCGCUUGAAGAAAAGAAAUAAUUUAAUGAAAUCUUUAGCAAACAAGAGAGUUAAAGAUAUUUCCACUCCAAAGAUCAAAAAAGAAAAAAGUCCAUCUCCAGACGACAAGGAUGAUAAGGAUACCUCCAAAGAAGAGGGUAGUUCUCCGGGCACUACAGAAGGAAGUAGUAAAAGGCGGUUGAAACGUUUGUUUGGGAGAAGAAAAUUCAGUUCUGGAUUUGAUUACAUCCGCAAGAAGAAGAAAAUCAUCCGAAGAGACGAUUCGAUCAAACAAGCGCGCCGGCCAGCGGCGAAGCCUAGUCCUGAGUCAGUCCACGACAUCCAGAAAGAGAUCAAAGGCUGGUUUAUUAACAAGAGCAUCGGAGAAUCACAUCUUCACCGCGCAGCGAGAUUGGGUUAUACGGAUUGCGUGGCGUACUGUCUGGAAAAGCUAGGGGCGGAGCCGACCGCAAAAGACAACGCGGGUUUCACGCCCUUACAUGUGGCUGCCGCGAAGGGUCAUGUUCGGAUCGCGAGGCUGCUGUUACAAUACGGGGCCAACGUCUCUGCUGCUGCGCAGGGAGGGAUUAGACCUUUACACGAGGCAUGCGAGAACAGCCGCAUAGAAGUAAUCCGCCUACUGCUUUCUUACGGAGCGGACCCCCUGCUCGGAACGUAUGCGGGACAAACGCCUGAAGAGCUCGCGGAGGGACCAGCGGCCAAGCUUCUUCGACUGCAUAUCGCGGACGUUCAGGGCACGGCCUCGGAGCCGUGGGUGUUCCCACCACCGACGGCUAUCAUUGACAAGGAAGAGCUCGGGUGCGACGCGCUAGCCUCCCCGCCGCCCGCGACGCCACCGCCGCCCCCGGACGCGACCAUCGAGAUCCAAUGCACGGAGGCGCCGUUGCCACCGUUCUACAGUCUACGGCCCGCGCCUGGCCAGCAGUCCGACGGGCUGUGGUGCCUGCUGCAGGACAUCACCAACUUAUUACAGAUAAAAUCAAAAGACAGCCUGCUGAAGCAGAUCCACUGCGGCUCAGGAUCGCCGAAGGAACUGCUUCGCGAGAUCAGAACCCAGGAGUUUCUUGAACGGGCACAGUGCCACCAGCUAUUGUGCGCGGGCGAGAAGGUGAACGUGCGAGCGAGCAAGGUGGCCCUCGUCAGGGUCACUGACAAGCUGCGACAGCUGCUCAAGGUCGAGACUGUCCUUGUUAGCUGACACCAUCAGUGCUCGCAGAAGUGCAAGUGUGUAACAUGAGCAUAAUUUACCUACCUAAGACAUGCAGAAAAGACGAGAGUUCAAAUGGCAUGCUGGUAAUACGCGUAGCGGAAGCGUCUUCGUAAGGAGAGAAAGCGGGGCAUAUGUAUGCCCUCAGUAUUGCACGCAGGAACGUUUAAAGCAGGAAAACCAGCAUUAUAAGAUAAAUAAGCAGGAGCAGGAAGCAAAAUUCGCGGUCACUCACAUGGCGGCCGCGCCAGCAAGGUUCACCCCGCUAUCUACAACGCGAGGUGCAAGACAUCUGCCUGGUUUCGUCUAAAGCACUUAAGCCAUUCACGUCCUUUUAGAGGACCAAACGGCUCAACGAGAUCUUAAUACUUCGACUGAUUAUUUUAAUCUUAACAAAGCUGUAUCUCAUUUAAGAACAAAUAAUUUCUUUAAAUUAAAGUGUAGGGCAGCCGUUAACUUAUAAUUUGUGUUCGUGGUUGUUUAGUUAUUCUAAUUAACAAUGUGUAUAUAGUGUAUAUAUAGUUGUAGUAAUUUGUAAAAAAUUGGUGCUACCUACUCAUAAAAACAUAUGUGGUGAAUGGUGUAUAUUGGACUAGAUAGAUAGGUAAAUGAAGUGAUUGAAGCGGAAGUUUGAUAAUAGUUAGAAUAAUAUAAUUUUAAAAUAAUAUAAUACUUGAAAUAACGAAAUAAAGUUACCACAGUCUAGGAUCAGACAUUAGCAUAUACCUAUCUUAAAUGUGUGUGCAAUAAUAAUGCUUGGUAUAUUAUUAAUAUCUGUAGGCUUGAGUGAGGAUUUGGUGCAGAGGUAUCAGUCACAGGGUUGGAUAAAAGCCUUAGCACAUGAUUGCUGUACUUAAAAUACAAAGGACAUUAGCAAGUGCAAUUCAUAGGUAUUGUAUGCGACUAGAUAGGUUGUGAGCAGCUCCCGCCCUGCAGUGUCCACUGUUUGGGGCUUCCAACACUUUACCCUUGAUAUUAUUUGACUAAUACAUCACUGACACUGUUAUAUUUUUAAAAUGUUAAAAUUAUAAAUUAAAAUCAUCAUUUAUUAUUAUGAGAUUAUUCUAUUAAUUUCUUUUCAAUAGUGAAUACAUUGUUAUGUUUGCUAUUAUUAUAAUAAUAUCCCAAUAUGUUAAUUAUUGUACAAUUAAUUUACAAUUACUUGUAACAGUUAUGUUUUUAUUUAUACAGUUCUGUAAGAUAUUAGGAAAAUUUAUUAAAGCAUAUCGCAAAAUAUUAAGUCUGUAAAUAAGAUGGAUUGUAAACAGAAUACCUAUUUUUAACUUAUUUUGGAGCUCUAUCUUGUCUGAAUAGAACCAAUGAGAGACUAUUUGGUAUUUAUUUAGCCUGGAAAUAGUAUUUUGGAACAUUGUAUGGAUGGUAGCAGUUUUUACUCUGUAUUUUAAGACCAUGUUCCGCCCUAUCUACUUAUUCCUUGGAAAUAGUUGAAACGAAGAAGUACAUGAAUAAUCUGUGAUGAAACUUAGAAGGACUAGUAAACGCGGGAUUUGGUAUGAAAACUAAAUGUAAUAAUUGUAACUGACAAUUUCUACAGUGUGUAUACUUUUCUGAAUGGAUACAUUAAUACCUGUCUGUACCUACUUUAAGUAUUAUUGUAAUUAUUGACACCGUCUGGUUGAUAACAUAAAAAAUAAAAAUGUGAACAAUUCAGAAUAAAA